UUUUGGCGAAAUAUCUUUGGGCCCGAAGGACCGCCCGGACCUAUCGGUGAGGUGAAGACCAAUUUCACCGUUCAUGCUGUACCCCUCAGACAUACAGUACCCUCGAUUGGUUACCUUAUGGUUGAAUCGCCCUCACCGCCACGUAUGAUGAUGGAAAAGGUCCACGAGCUGGGAGUUCCACCCGGUCCUCUUCUGGGCAAAUUAAAGAAGGUACUUUCAGUUGCAUCUGUUUACGUUCAACUUUACCACCCUCUUUUACUUGAAUUUGCAUUCUACGACUAA